ACGCAAACAACGCACAACUUUCUCGCGCAAGCGUAACUCCAAACUCGCUGCUCACGCUCUCCGCGCAAGAAUGUGAUAUUGAGAUCUCUUGUGUAACGUACGCCUGCUGUUUCACCGCCAAUUUGGUAGUAUACGUUACAUAAAUUGCUUGAAACGAAAAUACGCAGUUUUCUUUUGAGACAGGGGAAAACGGAACAACUGUAUGUGAGCUGUGUGCAAAGUGACAGAAAGAGCGAGAAUCAUGAUGAAGAUAAGUCCUCAUUCACUCUUCCUCUUCGGUCCUUGAGACAGUCUGGAAUCAAAGUUUUGACGUGUCAGGCAUCACAACGGCCAUAGAGGAGAUAAAAAGGAGGGAGUUGAGCUCUUCCUCUGUGCAAGCUUCAUCAUCAUCUUCUCCAUCUGCAAUGGAGAUUGCCCUGCGGCAGCAGAAAGAGUGAGUGAGAGAGAGAGAGAUGCAAGAGAAAAAGGACCCUCAGCCCAAAUCUGCCAGCAGCCUGGGAAAGGCUCAUCCUGCCCUGAAGGCCUUCAUGUGCGGCUCUCUCAGCGGCACCUGCUCCACUCUGCUGUUCCAGCCGUUGGAUCUGGUGAAGACCAGACUGCAGACCCUGCAAAACAACAGGCACCCAGGAGCUCCUAAAGUGGGGAUGAUUACGGUCUUUUUCAACGUGAUCCGCACAGAGAAACUGCUUGGCCUGUGGAAGGGGGUUUCACCGUCGUUCAUGCGCUGUAUCCCUGGUGUAGGGAUCUACUUCAGCACAUUUUAUUCGCUGAAGCAGCACUUCUUCCAGGAUAGGUCUCCAAGCGCUGGGGAGGCGGUUUUGCUUGGGGCGGGAGCUCGUUGUGUGGCAGGUGUGGCCAUGCUGCCCUUCACAGUCAUUAAGACUCGUUUUGAGAGUGGGCGGUACAAUUACAUAAGCGUGGCUGGUGCUCUUAAAAGUGUGUGUCAGAACGAAGGCCCCAGGGCUCUUUACUCUGGGCUCACAGCAACUUUGCUCAGAGACGCCCCGUUCUCUGGCAUCUAUGUCAUGUUCUACAGCCAGGCCAAAAAGGCUUUGCCACAGGAAAUCAGCUCGUCCUCUUUUGUCCCACUGGUUAAUUUUGGCUGUGGUGUGGUGGCUGGUAUUUUGGCUUCUCUAGCCACUCAACCAGCAGAUGUGAUUAAAACCCACAUGCAAGUGAGCCCAGCGUUGUAUCCCAAGACCAGCGAUGCUAUACACCACGUUUAUGCUAAGCAUGGCUUGAGCGGGUUCUUUCGAGGAGCAGUUCCUCGUUCUCUGAGGAGAACCCUUAUGGCUGCCAUGGCCUGGACUGUGUACGAGCAGCUGAUGGCACGCAUGGGCCUGAAGUCCUAAAGACACCCAACGCACUUUAUGUGUGGACUUCAUUCUGUGUGUGUCCGUUGCAGGAGCGUGUGCUUUUGGUGAAAAUAUGGCAUUCUGUUAUCCUUGAAGGCUUGAUUAAAAACAAAAGCAGCUGGUGUUGGCUGAGGUACCGGUAAUAGCGGGUUUGCGUGUGAGAGUGUCUGUUUGUGUUAGUGUUUUCAGGUGCAGUGAGUCGUUACCCCGUGACACCUCUGACAGUGACAUUCCUAAAUUGCCACAUUGUGAGUUUGUCUGCCUUGUCGACGCCUGCAUAUUGAGAGAGCGAUACGUACUGAGGAAUACCAAUGAGAGACUGCUGAAUCAUGUGCCGUCAGCUCACAAGAAACACUCCUUUCACAGGAAGAAAAUCCCCCUUUUGGCAACUAACCGUCGAUACCACAUGUCUCACCCACCUUUGCAGGGUUUUCAUAAACACACAAUUCAGUGGACUCCAGUGUCUAAGAUAGUUCUUAAGCCUAGUCCUCUGAGUUAAAUCCUGUUUAGUCAAAGAUGAGGCUUAGUGGGUGUCCAAGAGACAUGUUGACAUAAUACUCCAGUGCUCCGACAAUCAGACCGAAUUACUCUAGGGCUGACAACACAUGACUGUCUCACCAACAUGCUCCGUUCCGACUAUAAUUGCGCGUCUUUAUGCGGUGAUUUGUGCCGUUCUACUGAUUUCCUGUGCUGUAUGACUGGACGUAUUUUUCAGUGCAUUCCAGUACACUGGGUUUUCUUAUUUUCUUGAACACUCACUCCUAGGCACAGACAAAGCCAGGAUUUGGAUUGAAUGAGACUUUGAUUUAGACCUGGAGAAACGUAAUAUUUAUUAAAGAAACAGGGGAGAACAAGUGUUGUAAUCGUUUCUGAGAAAAUAAUGUUUGAAGUGGAACGUAUCACUGAGAAAUUACAAUACUUAAUUUAUCGUGUUUGCAAACGUGUUGCCGGAUCAUUUUGACUGACAUUUUGUCGUAUUGACGUUUUGUGUAAAACCGCUGUAAGACGCUAUCGGUGAUGCUUGGUGUGAGCACAACAGUGUAAUGUUACAAAAAACAGAAGUCUGACAAAAACAUGUGGUUCUUGACCCUUUAGAAUUUGUAGAUAAAAUGAAGCCCAUGAGAACCAUUACGAUUUUUGGCAUUGUGACGUUAUUUUCAUUCCUGGCACAUAUAUAUAUAUAUAUAUAUAUAUAUAUAUAUAUAUA